UAAUCGCGCAUCCGCCGGAUGCGGGAAUAAUGCUCCAGUCAAGGUAACCGAGAGAAACGGAAUUGUCUGUCGCCGACGCACUGCGUCACCGUUACAGGUGCGUGCAGAUGCGACGGCGGAGAUCAGUCCAUCAUCCGGUGCAGACGAUGCUGGUUCGCGUCCGCGACAUCGAACGCCGAGGCGCUUCCGCGCGAAAGGACGACGGAUCUCGCGGCGAAAGCCUGACGGGGAUCCUUCGAUCCUUCGACGUCGGCUUCCCUCUCGCACGGGAAAGCAGCGUUCCAGAAUCAGUCGACGUCGAGAGAACCUCCCCGACGCACCCUCCAGCAGCGAAUCCUCGAUCUCGACUGUCCCGUUUCGCAUCUCCACGGAAAAUGUACUGCCUACUGUCGCUCUUACUACUGCCGAUCGCUACGGCCUCGCAGCUGUGCGAGCCUCCCGAGUAUCAGUUCUACUACAUGUGCCCGAAUAACACUCUUUCCUGCCCCGACGACAAGAGAUGCGCCUUCGUCGAGCACUGUCCGGCGAUUGCGUCGCUCAUGGGUCAAAACGAGCUUCCUGUGCACAGAUUGCGACAAGCCGUGUGCGGGUACGAUCAGACGCGCGUGAAAAUCUGCUGCGACACGGCCGACUACUUCGGACGGCCGUCGUACGCGAAUUCCGAUCUCUACCCGACGCAACCGUCCCCGAACUCGCAGUGCGGAAAGAGCCUUAUUUGGAACAACGAGGACGCUCUAGGGGCGUACCCCUUUGUCGCAAGGAUCGGAUUUAUAAAUAUGUUAACGGGUGAGAUGAAAUACUCGUGCAGUGGCGUGAUUGUUAGUGAGCGUACAGUAUUAACUACAGCUACAUGCGCACUCGCGAAAUCGGAGAGAUACAAAUUAUGCUCUGUGCUUAUCGGUGAAUAUAAUACAGAGUCUGAUCCGGAUUGCAACGGAUUAUUUUGCGGUCGCAAAACCAGCAGCCACGACAUAUCGUACGUGAUCAAACAUCCGGGUCACGACGCCGCGACUUUCUCCAACAACGUGGCCUUGCUUCGCUUGAAGAAGACUAUCGACUUCACAGCCACAGCGCAACCUAUAUGCUUCAUACCGGAGGACAGAUACGUUAGCUUGGGAAGUACAUGCACUGUCGUCGGAUGGGGAAGACUGUCCGGUCAGAAGGAGCAGCCAACGACGCAACAGUCAUUACAGCUAAAACUCGUACCUAAGCAGCAGUGCUCGGACUACCUGAGCCAAAGUCUGUCCGUCGAAUUAUGCGCCACAGGAAGCUGCGAACCCUGCUCCGGGUAUAGCGGCAGUCCUAUGUUGUACAAAUAUGCGGACACAUAUUUCCUGGUAAGUCACGAGCACGAAAAACAUGUACACUACGACGGAUUCGCGACUCGCGCGAUCGUGCGUGUAAUGUUUUACUUUUUUGUAUUUUUUGUUUGUUUGCUUGCGCUUGCUUGCUUUCAUCAGGUCGGAAUCCUAUCAUAUGGGUCUAGCUGCGACUCAACCACCGUUUUCCCGUCUGCGUUCGUCAACGUACAGAGGUACACGAGGUGGAUCUUAGAGAAUUACUGAGGCCGCGAGAGAGCGCGACCGUUC